AUGGGUGCCCGUCAGGACAAUGGUUACAUAGAAGGGAAGGAGCUUGACGAUUUUUUUCAUCAUCUCCUGGAGAAACUGGGACCAGAAAGCACCAUCACAGAAGAAAAAGUUCAGAGAAUGAAGGAGCAAUUCAUGUCUGUCUACGAUGUCACCACAGAUGGACGCUUGCAAAUCCAGGAGCUUGCAAAUAUGAUCUUGCCGGACGAUGAGAACUUCCUACUGCUUUUCCGACGGGAAACCCCCUUGGACAACAGCGUGGAAUUCAUGCGGAUCUGGCGCAGUUACGAUGCUGACAGCAGUGGAUUUAUUUCAGCUGGUGAACUCAAAGAUUUCCUGCGAGAUCUCUUUUUGCAGCAUAACAAGAUGGUUGCUGAAGUAAAGCUGGAAGAAUAUACUGAUACUAUGAUGAAAAUCUUUGACAGAAACAAAGAUGGGCGACUGGACCUGAAUGACCUGGCAAGGAUUCUGGCACUUCAGGAAAAUUUCCUUCUACAAUUUAAGAUGGAUGCUUGUAGCACAGAAGAAAGGAGGAGAGAUUUUGAGAAGAUCUUUGCACACUACGACGUUAGUAAAACAGGAGCGCUUGAAGGCCCAGAAGUGGAUGGGUUUGUCAAAGACAUGAUGGAACUGGUCAAGCCCAGCAUUAGCGGGGUGGACCUGGACAAGUUCCGCCAGAUCCUGCUCAACCACUGCGAUGUGAACAAGGAUGGGAAAAUUCAGAAAUCUGAACUAGCUUUGUGUCUCGGGCUGAAAAUUAACCCUUAGCUGGGAAAGUGCUUGUGGCUGUGUUUUCCUUGAAAGAUUUGCCUGCUGCUCCUCAUAGAAGUGUGUCCUCUGCUGCUGUGGUGGGGAGCUGAGGCACCAUGCUCCCAGGCUGAAGAGUGGGAUGUGCACAGGGGCCUCCUCACUCCACCAACUCCUUCGUGAUGUUCACUUGCUGUGCCUCUUGUGGGUCCCCUUAGCAAUGUCUCUGUCCACCAGCAGAUGAGCUGCUCAGAAGAGAGGUUGUUGUUCUUCUGCCCUCAUGAAACGCUGCUAUGCCCAUUCUCCUAGGAUAGGAACAAGCAUCUCCUCAAAAACAUUCCCUCAGUGCUCUCAGAGUGCAGCUACUAGGUGUUUCUGAUGGUCACUUUAUAUGUGUGAAGUCAUUACUUUGGUGAACAUUGUGCUUUGUGCAUUUAAAAUAUUGGAUGGAGGAGAGUGUAUUUGUGCAGAAAUAAAAUGGCAAUUAUAGAAAUUCA